CUCAGAUGCGGAUACGUGGUACACACAGGCAGCAGCAGCAGUGAUUUAGGAGUGUUGGGCGUGGCCGUGAGAAAUGGGCGGGUCAGAUGUUUCAGAUUGACAGGCGGUUCGGUGAUACAGUUACAUGUAAAUGGGCGUGUUCGAUUUGAUGGGCGUGGCUGGAAAGGGGCACGGGCGUGGCUAAGCGGAACAGCGGAGACUGCUCAGUGGGCGUGGUUCUCCUGUGUGGGCGUGGUGGUGGAGGAGCUCCCGCAGCUGGCAGCGCCGCCGCGCUCAGUAGUCAGGCAGUCAUGGCGCCCUCCGUGCUCCUCUCCGGGGGUCUCCUCCUCUUGGUGGCCGCUCAGCUGAUGGCCUCCCCGCUGGAGCCCUAUGACCUCCUCUAUGCCAGCGGCGUGCAGGCCUAUCACCGGGAGGACUGGCCGUCCGUCAUCCUCUCCAUGGAGAAGGCGCUGCGCAACCGGGAGCUCCUGCGCCGCCACCGCAUCACUUGUCGCGCACAAUGCGCAGGAGCCAGCGACUUCUCCACCCAGCCGGCGGGCCCGGGACCCGUGCAGGACCUGAGCUUCUUCCAGAAGGUCCUGGAGAGGGCGGACUGUGUGAAGAAGUGCGAGCGGGAGGCCAUGGGGGCCCCGGCCACCUACUAUGCGCCCGCCGAGGAGCUGGAGCUGGAGUUCACCAAGAGGACCCCCUAUAACUACCUGCAGGUCUCCUACUUCAAGAUCCACAAGCUGGAUAAAGCGGUAGCGGCCGCACAUACGUUUUACGUGGGGAACCCUGACCACUUGGAGAUGCGGCAGAACCUGGAGUAUUACAAGAUGAUGGACGGCGUUUCCAACUCAGACUUCAGAGAUCUGGAAGCCAAGCCCCAUAUGCAAGAUUACCGCCUGGGAGUGGGCUAUUACACGGACGAGGAGCCCGCGACGGCCCUCACCUAUUUCGAAAAGGCCUUGGAGGAAUAUUUCAUUGCGGAUCUUGAAUGCCGCAGCCUUUGUGAAGGACCGUAUGACUACGACGGGUACAACUACCUAGACUACAACGCAGAUUUAUUCCAAAGUAUUACAGACCAUUACGUGCAUGUGAUGAGCUGCAGGCAAGGCUGCGUCUCCGAACUGGCCUCACAACCCGGCAAACCGAAGCCCGUCGAAGACUUCCUCGCGUCGCAUUUCAACUACCUGCAGUUUGCGUAUUACAGCACUGAGAACUAUACAAAAGCAAUUGAGUGCACCAAAACCUUUCUGCUAUUCCACCCUGAUGAUGAGGUCAUGAACCAGAAUUUAGCCUAUUAUACGGCUGUCCUGGGCGAGGAGGGAGCUGCUGUAAUACAGCCGAGAGAGAAGGUACAAUCUUACAUGAAGAGAAGUCUACUGGAGAAGGAAUUGCUCUACUUUGCUUAUGAUGUCUUUGGAAUUCCCUUUGUGGAUCCUGAUACAUGGACGCCUGAAAGUGUCAUACCUAAAAGACUAAGAGAAAAACAAAAAGCGGAGCGAGAAACCGCAGCCAGAAUAUCCGAAGAGAUCGGCAACCUGAUGAAAGAGAUUGAGAAUCUGGUAGAGGAAAAGACUAAGGAGACACUGGAUUUAUCCGAAACUGUAAGAGAAGGUGGCCCUGUUUUAUUUGAUGAAGUCAGUGUAGUGAUGAACUCGAAGACCCUCAAUGGAUCGCAGAGAGUAGUGACCGAUGGGAUCAUCUCUGAGGAUGAAUGUCGGGAGCUGCUACGUCUCACUAACGCCGCAGCUUCGGCAGGUGAUGGAUAUCGGGGCACAACCUCCCCUCAUACCCCCAAUGAGAAGUUUUACGGAGUGACUGUGUAUAAAGCACUGAAGCUUGGGCAGGAAGGUAAAGUCCCACUAAGGAGUGCCCACCUCUACUACAACGUUACAGAGAAAGUGAGACGUGUGGUAGAAUCGUAUUUCCGUCUGGAUUCCCCUCUGUACUUUUCUUAUUCUCACCUGGUCUGCCGUACAGCCAUCGAAGAAAAACAAUCCGAGCGGCACGACCUGAGCCACCCCGUACACGUAGAUAACUGCAUCCUAAAUGCUGAAGCAUUGAUGUGUAUAAAGGAGCACCCUGCCUACACAUUCCGUGAUUACAGCGCCAUCUUGUAUUUAAAUGGAGACUUUGAAGGAGGACAUUUUUACUUCACAGAGCUGGAUGCAAAAACAGUUACGGCCGAGGUAAAGCCGCAGUGUGGACGGAUGGUGGGAUUCUCAUCAGGAGCCGAAAAUCCUCAUGGUGUAAAAGCCGUAACCAAAGGCCAGAGGUGCGCAGUGGCGUUGUGGUUUACCCUGGAUCCCAGGCACAAUGAGAGAGAGCGAAUUCAAGCAGACGACCUGAUAAAGAUGCUGUUCAGUCCAGAAGACACAAAUGUAUUCCCCAGCAAUGAAUCCGAGAGGAAAUCCCAUUUAGAAGGAGACGGCGGGGAUCAAAUUGCUGCCUUCCCGCCAAAACCCCCCACAGCCCCAGAUGCUGACGCCCAUAAAGAAGGUGUACUCGGCCCCCCUGUAGACUCACCAAAAACAAAAACGGAAUUAUAACACGAACUCUGACCUCAUCUCGCGGACUGCUGCCCAUCCACGAUCUGUGAAUCAGGGACACAAGUUUCCACAGAUCCCCCUAUGUGAGCGGAACCAGAACUGGUGUCCAUUUUUUUUUUUUUCAGGAGGUACCAAUAAUACAAAAAAAAUACACAGAAUCCGCCCACUUAUCACAAGGAACAGUAACAGUUCUGGAAUAUGUUGUUUGUUUUUUUUCUUCAACCCCCCCCCCCCCUUUUUACGCAAAAACUUUUUAUGCAAAAUUUUGUAGAUGUUAGAAAUGAUCCUGGUGCUAAAUAUUAUGUCAUCGCAACUGUGCAAUAUUCUUCCUGGGGGACAAAUCUAAAGGACUUUCUAGGACUUGUCCGAUGUGUUGGCCUGCGAGGAGAGACAUAAGGCCUUGGCUUCGCUCCACUGCUCGGAUCCGUCCCUUUGGGGACGUAUUCAGUAGUGUGUGCCUGGAUUGUACUGCGGGACUAGGUGUCGGAGGAGGAAGAGGAGGAGUGCGAGGUCGGACAGGACACCAGCGCAAAACGGGUGGAGUCAUUGGAUGGAGCAUACAUGUGCACAGACACGGAUACAAUUUUUCGUUUUAUUUACUGGGCAAUUGGGUAAAAUUAAACAAUGGUUGCUAUGGGCAACAAAUUAUUAUUAUUUUUUUUCCUCUUUUAAAAUUUUUGAUGAAUCUGCUUCAAAGAAUCAUUAACAGGAAAAAAGAUAUUGUUGCCUGUAGCAACCAACCAGUUGCAGAGACUUCUUAUGUGCAAGAGAUGAUUUAGGUUUGUAUAUUUCUGGUUGAAUACAUUUUGCACUUUCCAGUUCUAUCUUAAAAUGGUUGUCCAGUCUGUUCAGCGACAGCAAGCAGGGAUCUUGAAGACAGUAAAUUAUAUUAGAGAGUUGCAGACCAUUUAAUAAUACACGCAAGAAAAGAAAGACUCUUUAAAGGGGUUAUCCAGGAAAAACAUUUUUUUAUAUAAAUCAACUGGCUCCAGAAAGUUAAACAGUUUGUAAAUUACUUCUAUUAAAA